AUGUAUGCCAGCAACCUCAUCACCACUUUCUCCGCCCUCAUCGUCGGUGCCUCCGCUGCAACUCUUCCCUUCCGGUGGGCCGGCGUCUCAAUUAACGCCGCGACCGCCGAGCGUCGACAGGCCACCGGUAGCGCCACCUAUCCUACAGCACCAGGAAACAUCUCCUGGAGUGCACAAAACUACAUCUGGGGCUGCUCACCAGGCGGCUGCAGUGCUCGCUUCAACAUUAGCGCCCCCUCAGGCUACAGCUCCGGCGCGCCCGGCUUCAACGUGGUCUGCAGCCCUAUCUACAUCCAGCAGGGCUGGGUCCCCUGCCUGAACCCGGACAACAGCCCCCUCGGCGAGGGUUCGCAGGUCUUUACUAUUUGGACGGCCGGCGCGGACCGUGAGCGCAUGUACCUUGGUGUCGAGCACAUUUACAAGCGUCAGGAAGAUGGGCUCACUUGGAAUGCCACUGCUGGAACCGACAUCCUCCCUGUGCAGAACAUGAGCAUUACGUUCCCUGUCAAUACUGUCGUAGUUCUUGAGUCUUGA